AUGGUAGCGCGUAGCACUCGCACCGCCCUGAACUUCUUCCCCGAGGCGGAGGCGGGGUGCGAGGCUGUUCCGAUCUCGUACGCGGAGAUCUCGUGCCCGUGCGUCGCCAACGUCUCCGGCUGCACGUCGCCCCUCGCCGUGAAUUACAACUCGAACGCAACGGUGGAUGACGGGACGUGCAUCUUCCCCGACGGGUGCACCAACUCGACAGCCCUGAACUACAGCCCGAACGCGACGAACGACGACGGCUCGUGCAUUCCAAACAUCCGCGGCUGCACCGCGUCCUCCGCCGCCAACUACAACUCCCAGGCGACCGUCAACGACGGCUCGUGCGAGUUCCCCGUCUUUGGCUGCACGAAUACAAGCGAGAUGUAG